UGUGUGUGAGAGCGAUAGAGUGUGUAUGCAUGUGUGUUUGGAUGCAGAGAGUUGGGGGGUGGAAGAUGUUUAGUUUCCCUACGUGUGAUAGUCAUCCCAAUCUUAUUAAGAGCUGCGAUCUUCCUCCCCUCUACUGCCUGCUGCUGCUGUUGCCAGAAGGAGACAGUGUGUCGGGCUGCGCUGCUGGAAAGGCCGGAGCCAGAGAUAGUCAAUUAUCUUCUGCGUUUGCUGUCCUUACUUCCCUCUAGUACUCUGUCUGCUAGAUGAAAAUGUCAGGAGAAGCAGAAACUCUAUCAAACGGGUCCCAGAAGUCGGACCUGUCUUUGGCCCUGGAGGACUGCAUGGCAGCAAUGGACCUGUUCCUGAGGAAUGACUUUGAUGAGGCCCUGUCCAGGCUUCGCUGCAGAACCAAAGACAGCAUGUACCAUGCACUCACAUACGCAACCAUACUGGAGAUGCAGGCCAUGAUGACCUUUGACCCGGAGAACAUCCUGGCAGCUGGUAACACCAUGAAGGAGGCUCAGGCAGUGUGUCAGCGGUUCCGCAAGAAGACAACCUUUAGCAACAGAAACUCCACAGAAGAGGAACUCCACGCUGAAGUCUGCUAUGCAGAAUGUCUCCUGCAGAGGGCAGCACUCACCUUCCUUCAGGAUGAAAACAUGGUCAGUUUCAUCAAGGGAGGAAUUAAAGUGAGGAAUAGCUACCAGACAUAUAAAGAGCUUCAUACGGUCCUCCAGUCCUCAAGCUACGUCCAUGGUGACAAUCAUGGGCAUUUUGAAGGCGGGGUCAAGCUUGGAGUGGGAUCCUUCAACCUGAUGAUCUCCAUGCUGCCCACUCGGACCCUUAGGUUGCUGGAAUUUGUGGGUUUCUCUGGAAACAAGGAGUUUGGCUUGCAGCAGCUGACGGAAGGCGCAGUAGGGCAGACGUUCAGGUCCUUCCUGUGUAAUAUGCUGCUGCUCUGCUACCACACCUUCAUGAGCUUCAUCCUGGGCACUGGGGAAGCGGAUGUGGAGGAUGCAGAGAAACUCCUUCAGCCAUAUCUCAAACGGUAUCCUAAGGGAUCCAUCUUCUUGUUCUUCGCUGGUCGAAUUGAGGUUAUCAAAGGAAACCUGGAUGCUGCUAUAGUGCGCUUUGAGGAGUGCUGUGAAGCUCAGCAGCAGUGGAAUCAGUUCCAUCACAUGUGCUACUGGGAACUGAUGUGGUGUUUCACAUACAAGAGACAUUGGAAGAUGGCCUACUUCUAUGCUGAUCUGCUCAGCAAAGAGAAUGCAUGGUCCAAGGCAACGUAUGCGUAUAUGAAAGGUGCCUACCUCAGCAUGCUGACCAGGGAGGAAUGCCAACCAUUCAGGGAGAGCGAGGUAGCGCUAUUCAGACAUGCCACCAGAGGUCUUUUCACAGUUCCUAGGUCCAGAGUAAAUUCAAGAAAACGUACAGUGUUAUACAGAGCCAUGAGUGCACGGAACUCCCUUCCAUCUUAUAUAGCGCAGGUACAUGGGCUUAAGCAGAAAAUUGCUGGAAAGUCUUUGCCAACUGAGAAGUUUGCCAUCCGAAAAGCCCGUCGCUACCUGACUGAGAACCCAGUCACACUACCUGCACCUCCUCUGGAGAUGAUGUAUAUCUGGAACGGCUACACAGUCAUCGGGAAACACAAAGACCUGACAGAGGGCAUGCUGAAAACACUGGACGAGGCACAGGCGAAACUCGAAAGUAGCCCAAGGACCGAGUUCUCCAUAGACGACCAGUGUCUGCUGAGCCUGCUUAGAGGUCUCUGUCUGAAGCACCUGGGACACCAGGAGGAGGCUGAGCACUACUUCACCCUUGUCCUCUGCAAUGAAACACAGAUCAAGUUUGAUCACUACUUGGUUCCCAAUGCACUGCUGGAGCACGGGCUGCUAUGUCUGGAACAGGGGAGGAAGGAGGAGGGAAUCAAACUACUGGAGACAGCCAAGCAAAGUUACAAAAACUACUCCAUGGAAUCGCGGACACAUUUCAGAAUCCAGGCUGCUUUGCACAAGGCCAAGGCCACAGAUGAGAAUGGAAUUCACACCAUGCCCUCCAGCCCGUAGCUUUAGGGCAUGGCAGGCCCAAAGUCCAGCAAUCCCAAAGUGCACAGCCCAAUGCAGCAGGGAUGAGGCAGAGUACCAAAUCACCCACUACCAGCAACAAGUGCUUGACUUGCCAGCCAUCAAGCUUUCAAAAAGACACAACACUAUUACACUAAACAGUCAAAAGCAUACAGACACUAGUAUUUACUCAGACAAAGAAAAUCUACGCAAUAUAUAGAAAAUACCUCACUAAUAGAUGGAAAUUUACAGGGUCUCAUCCGUCAUUGCAAAAACCUAUUCGUUACCAAUGCCUGAAUAUUCUCCCUCUAGUAUAAAUACAUAAAUUCACUGACAAACAUGUAGUUUCACACCUGUCACAAGGGUUUUUGCAACAUACAGUAUUCGAGUGGUUAACGGUAUUCUUCCUGGGUUUUACCCUCUGCUCGAAGCUAAUGACUAAAAUCACUGUGUCCAAUCUUGGACAAGGUCUGUCUUGGGUUGACAAUGUUCUAUGGCAGGUAACCUCCUUCCCUAAUGCUUUUAUCUCUGUGAUUAUUCUACUGGAUUUAUUCUUAUUUCUUCAUUUUCACCCUCCUUUCCCCACUCUGAACAGCUCAAUGGAAGUUUUGGCACAUUGGAUCAACUGAAACACUUUCUGUGAAGGCAUGCAUGACCAGUCCAACUGAAUUUUUGUGAAAAUAGUGCCCACUGACUGCACAAAGUCAACCGUGCAAACUCACAUUGCAGGAAUACACGUGUGAUGGUUAAGGGGUUAUUUUGUCUGUAUUUAUUUAUUAACUGUAAUGGCGCAUUUUACUAAAUUGUCUCGUUUUAAGUGGACAGAUGAAUGUGUCUUUUAGAAAGGCAGACUCUUUCCUUGUUAUCUUAAUGUGGACACAAUCCAGCAGUACUUGAGCUCAAACAAACAGUUCCAUAUGUAGUAAGUGAAGCGUUGACAACCACUAGAGCCUUCCAUAUAUAUAAAUAUACACCUCCAACAUCAACCUAUACAAGAAUGACUUAUAGGAAAAUAUUAUAUAUUAAAUAGUUCCUUUCCUGUGUAAUAAAUGAGCUAAUAGACUGUAUGACCAAUGUUAUUUGUAAUUAGAUUUUUUUUCUCCUUUUUCAUGUUCUAUGAUUAUUGAAACUUUAUGUACAACAAGAUGAGUAUCCAACCCCAAGCACUAGAAUGGUGUCUCAAGUUUAAAUGUAAUCAGAGCUGAUUUAUUCAUACUUAGAAUAUGGUUUUGGGUGAAAGCAAUUGACCAGUCAUUCAUUUAGACUUUUCUAACGGGUGGAGGAAAUGUAGACAUUGAUUCAUUUUAAAUAUAGAGAUGAUUGUAGUUUGGGAUGUUCAAAUUAUUAUGUUAGACAUUACUUGUUUUGUUCCAUGGUUUUCUUUGAAUUAACUGAUAUUAGUACAAACAAUCUUAUUAGCACUGUGAUGUUGAGGUCAGCAUAUUAUAUGGGAACUGGCUACUAAACAGAUUGACAUUCCUGGGCCUGUACAUAAUGAAUGUUUGUUUUUUAAUUUAACAUUAAAUGAUAAGUAACUGAAA